CAGAUGACAAAAGCAAAAGAAUCUUAAUGUAUGCCCUCUGUCUGGGCUUGCCUAUGUUAGGAGCAGGGGCCCAUUUUUGCAGCGGCCACCUUCCCAGCCCCCUUGUCGGUCGCUCACGUCUCCAGGCGCUCCUGGCAAGAGCAGCAGCAAACUAGUGUACUUAAUAAUAGGAGGCGCGGCCAUGGGGACAGGCGCAUGGUUGUACAAGAUGGCGAAGGAAGACAGAAAGCGGUACUUUGACACCAUUGCCACCGCGAAUCAGCACCAGCAGGAGGUUGCGACGCCCCCACCCAAAACAGAUGCUGCCUCCCAGAGCACAGCAGCCCCAGAGACGGAGGCCAUCACUUCCUCAGAAAUCCCAUCCCACGUUCCUUUCCUGCUCAUCGGCGGAGGCACGGCUGCUUUCGCCGCUGCCCGGUCCAUCCGGGCUCGGGAUCCUGCUGCGAGGGUUCUGAUUGUUUCAGAAGAUCCCGAGCUGCCUUACAUGCGGCCUCCACUUUCCAAAGAACUGUGGUUUUCAGAAGACCCCGACAUCACCGAAACGCUGCGGUUCAAACAGUGGAAUGGCAAAGAAAGGAGUAUUUAUUUCCAGCCACCUUCAUUCUAUGUGCCUCCUCAUGAACUGUCUCAUAUCGAGAAUGGUGGAGUGGCCGUCCUCACUGGGAAGAAGGUGGUCCAAAUGGACGUCAGGGGGAAUGUAGUGAAACUCAGUGACGGGACACAGAUCUCCUAUGACAAGUGCUUAAUCGCCACAGGUGGUUCACCAAGGAGUCUUCCUGUGCUUGAGAGAGCAGGCAAAGAGGUUCAGCAGCGGCUCACCCUGUUCCGGAAGAUUGAAGAUUUCCGUUCACUGGAGAAAAUUUCCAGGGAAGUCAAGUCAAUCACUAUCAUCGGUGGUGGUUUCCUGGGUAGUGAGCUGGCCUGUGCCUUGGGGCGGAGAGCGCAGUUGAGGGGCCUGGAGGUGAUCCAGAUGUUCCCCGAGAACGGCAACAUGGGCAGGGUUCUUCCUGAGUACCUGAGCAACUGGACCACCAGCAAAGUGAGGAGAGAGGGAGUGAACGUGAUGACCAAUGCCGUUGUGAAGUCUGUGUCUGUCGCUGGGGACCGGCUGCUGAUAAAACUGAAGGAUGGAAGGAAAGUGGAGACAGAUCACAUUGUAGCAGCCGUGGGCCUGGAGCCCAACGUGGAGCUGGCAAAGUCUGCAGGCAUGGAGGUGGACUCGGACUUCGGCGGUUUCCGAGUCAAUGCAGAACUGCAGGCCCGCUCCAAUAUCUGGGUGGCAGGGGAUGCAGCCUGCUUCUAUGACAUCAAGCUGGGCCGGCGGCGUGUGGAGCACCACGAUCACGCCGUUGUGAGUGGGAGGCUGGCAGGAGAAAACAUGACGGGAGCAGCCAAGCCAUACUGGCACCAGUCCAUGUUCUGGAGUGACCUGGGCCCCGACGUUGGCUAUGAAGCCAUCGGCCUUGUCGAUAGCAGCUUGCCCACGGUGGGAGUGUUUGCUAAAGCAACGGCGAAGGACACUCCAAAAUCGGCCACAGAAGAGUCAGGAACUGGAAUCCGCUCGGAGAGCGAAACAGAAACAGAAGCCUCCGAGCUCAAGGUCUCUGCAGCCUCACCUUCCAGCCCGCAGGCCCCACAGCAAGGGGAGGAUUAUGGGAAAGGAGUCAUUUUCUACCUCAGGGAUAAAGUGGUGGUGGGAAUCGUCCUGUGGAACAUCUUCAACCGGAUGCCAAUCGCUCGAAAGAUUAUUAAGGACGGGGAAGAGCACGCAGACCUUAAUGAAGUUGCCAAGCUCUUUAACAUUCACGAAGACUGAGCACACCGCCACUGCCUCAGGAUGGGAGUGCAUUUGGAAACCGGAGAGGCCGUGGAGGCCCCUUGUGCUGACUGUGUGAGCUCGUUGCGCGCGUGUGUCUCCCUCCACCCUCCACAACAAAGUGUGUCUAUGAAUGUUUGGAACGGCUCUGAGCUCUCUUUGCACCACAAAUUAAACCAGAUUUAAUUACUAAAUUUCA